UUCACCUCCCGACCAAACAAUUGGCUCAGUUCUGUGCAAAUCUCAUUGAGUCAUCGCGAAAGGAGGUUAUGUCUCAGGUUUUCUGCUGAAUUUUCAAAUUCCCAAAAUUAUGGAUUUCCUGCCCCAGAAGCACGCAAAGUACUUUGCCAGGUUCCUCAAUAUCCUCCCAGCUCGAUUGGCAUCCCAUGAUUCCACCAGGGUCACCAUUGCUUUCUUUGCCGUCAGUGGACUCGAUGUCCUGGAUUCCCUGGAUCUCCUGACGCCUAGUCAACGACAGAACAUCAUCAAUUGGAUCUACAGCUAUCAGGUGAUCCCAAAAGGAGGCACAAAAUGUGGAGGAUUGCAAGGAUCCAGUACACUAAGUAUCAAAUCCCAAGAUCCUGCCCACAUUGCUGCCGUUGAGGCCUACUAUUGGGGUCACCUGGCCAUGACCUACACAGGAAUUGCUGUCCUACUGGCCCUGGGAGAUGAUCUCAGUCGCCUGGACAGGAGAGCAAUUGUUGAGGGAGUGGCAGCUGUUCAGCGUGAAGAUGGGAGCUUCAGUGCCUCCGUCGAGGGUAAUGAGCAGGACAUGAGAUUCGUCUACUGUGCAGCAGCCAUUUGUGCCAUGCUCAAUGACUGGGGCACAGUGGAUCGCCCCAGGAUGGCACAGUACAUCCGGGAAAGCAUUAGAUAUGACUACGGAGUGAGUCAGCACAAAGAGAUGGAGGGCCAUGGAGGCACGACAUUCUGUGCUGUGGCUGCACUGCAUCUCAGUGAUCAGAUGCACAUUCUGUCGCGGAAGGAUGUUGAGGGUAUGAAGAGGUGGCUGGUGAUGAGGCAGGGAAUGGGAUUUCAGGGGAGACCCAAUAAAACCGAAGAUACCUGCUAUUCCUUUUGGAUUGCGGCCACAUUGAAAAUUCUCAAUGCAUUUCAUUUGACGGAUUUCGAGGAGAAUCGUAAAUUUAUUCUGUCGACGCAGAACAGGAUUGUUGGGGGCUUUUCCAAGUGGCCGGACUUCAAUACGGAUCCCUUUCAUACGUAUUUCGGCAUCUGCGGACUGAGUUUUGUGAAUGAACCCAAUGUAUUGGAAGUUAUGCCCAGUCUCAACAUAUCAAUGCGAGCCUACAGGCGACUUAAGGAACUGCAAAGCACGUGGAAGAUUACGCAAAACCUCAACGAUGUACGCCUCAAUAUUGACUGAGGAGAUGAUCUCCUCUCCCCAGGAAAUCGAGAGCACAAAAAAAUGGAAGUGACGAAAGUUCUGUUGAUAGAAGUAAAUUUUUAUGUAAUAAUGUACUUGAAAAAUAUUUCUAACUAUUGCAAUGUUAUUAAAUAUACACUUGUAUUAUUUUGCGAACAAAACGCCAUUUUAGAAAAAUAAAU